AUGUCUGACUAUGAGGAAGAUACCCGCCCACCGCCCAACAUUGAAACGGCUGACCCUGAAGACACUAUCAAGAUUCUCCUUGCGACAGACAACCACAUAGGAUAUCUAGAAAGAGAUCCUAUUCGCGGUCAAGACUCCAUCAAUACCUUCAGAGAGAUCUUGCAACUGGCCGUCAAGAAUGAGGUAUUGACUCCCAAUGUGUCUCUGCAUGGUCAGGGAGAUCUAUUCCACGAAAACAAACCGUCUCGAGACUGUUUGUAUCAGACAUUGGCCCUCUUGCGAGAGUAUACACUUGGAGACAAACCAAUCCAAGUCGAACUGCUGAGUGACCCCGAUGAAGGAAAGGCUGCUGGGUUCUCAUUCCCAGCAAUCAACUAUGAGGAUCCAAAUUUCAAUAUUAGCAUCCCCGUAUUCUCAAUACACGGAAACCACGACGACCCUCAGGGACCCGGAGUCAACGGCGCUCUAUGCGCCCUCGACGUUCUAUCCGUUUCUGGCCUUCUCAAUUACAUGGGCAAAUUCGACUUGCCAACGUCCGACGCAGAUGCAGCAACUACCGGUAUCGCCGUUCGCCCUGUCCUCCUCCGCAAAGGGAGCACGAAGCUAGGCAUGUAUGGCGUUGGGAACGUCAAAGACCAGCGUAUGCACUUUGAGCUUCGCAGCAACCGAGUGCGGAUGUAUAUGCCCAAAGAUAAAGACGAGUGGUUCAACAUCCUUCUUGUGCAUCAGAACCGUGUGAAGCAUGGCCCCCAGGAGUAUGUCCCAGAAGGCAUGUUCGAUGAUAGUGUCGACCUGGUCGUCUGGGGCCACGAACAUGACUGCCGCAUCAUCCCUGAACCUGUUGCUGGCAAGAACUACUACAUCACCCAACCAGGUUCCUCAGUCGCCACCUCACUCGCAGAUGGUGAAGCUAUUGAAAAACACGUUGCCCUUCUCGAAAUCAAGGGGAAAGAAUUCCAAUUGACACCCAUCCCUCUGCGUACCGUCCGCCCAUUCGUAAUCAGCGAAGUCGUUCUGGAAGAUGCGGCUGAAGAGGAGGGUCUCGACGUCAACGACCAAAUGGAAAUCACCAAAUACUUGAAACAGAAAGUGAACGAUCUGAUCGACCAAGCUCAAGCACUAUGGGAAGAACGCAACGCUCGCUCAAUCGAGGCUGGAGACGAAGAAAUACCACCCAUGCUCCCACUCGUCCGCCUUAAAGUCGACACGACGAACGUGACGCAGACUUCCAAUCCUAUCCGGUUUGGUCAGGAAUUCCAGGGGCGGGUUGCCAAUCCCAGAGACCUGCUUGUGUUCCACAGAUCCAAGAAGGCAGGGAAGAGAGGCGCAGGCAAAGUCGACAUUGACCAGCCUGAGCUGAGUAUCGACGAUCCUGAUUUGACGGUAUCGGAGAAAUUGGCUAAGGUUCGGGUGAAGACGCUUGUGAGGGAGUACCUUGCUGCGCAGGAGCUGCAAUUGCUGGGAGAGAAUGGGAUGUCGGACGCCAUCCAGAUGUUUGUGGAGAAGGAUGAUAUUCAUGCUAUCCAGACACAUGUGAACAAGUCCCUCAAAACAAUGUUGAAAAAUAUCAAGUCUGAUGAGGUGGAUGAAGAUGACUUGGACGACUUGUUGGCCAAGGCGAAGCAGCGACAGGAAGAGGAGUAUCUCGAAGCCACCAGAGCUGGUGAAUCUGCCAAGGGCAAAGGAAAAGCCAAGGCGACGGACGACGACGGUGGAGCUGCCUCGGAUGACUCCAUGCUUAUGGAUAUCGACACUGGUGGAGGAGCUACCUUCAACAUGUCCGACGACGACGAUGACGACGAGCCGCCACCACCUCCCAAGAGGCGUGCCGCCACUAGUCGCGCCACGACUACUAAGAAAGCACCUGCUAAAGCCCCGGCAAAGAAGGCUACUACCACGACAGCUCGGGGCCGAGGGAAGAAAGCCGCUCCGCCUAGUAGCGACGAUGAAGUGAUUGAACUCGACGAUGAUGAGGACGAGAUUUCAGAAGAGGAGGUAGUGGCUAAACCUGUGAAGAGGACGAGUCGUGCGGCUGUUUUGAGUCAAAGUCAGGCACCAGCGAAGAAAGCGCCUGCUAAGAAGAAGACUCCUGCAAGACAGACGCAAACACAAUUGAGCUUUGCACCGGCUGGAAGGUCGUCGAGAGCGGCUGCGUCCAAGGCGAGGUCUAAGAUGGUGUUUGAUGAUGAUGACGAUGAUGAUGACUGA